AUGGGGUGGGGUGGGGUGGGGGGGGGGGGGAGGUGGGGGGGGGGGGGGGGGGGGGGGGGGGGGGGGGGGGGCCCUUACAGCCUCCUCCUGCCCCUGCUGCUGGGGAUCUCAGCUGCCUGGUUCUACCUCUGCCUGGUUCUGCCUCUGCCUGGUUCUGCCUCUGCCUGGUUCUGUCUCUGCCUGGUUCUGCCUCUGCCUGGUUCUGCCUCUGCCUGGUUCUGCCUCUGCCUGGUUCUGCCUCUGCCUGGUUCUGCCUCUGCCUGGUUCUGUCUCUGCCUGGUUCUGUCUCUGCCUGGUUCUGCCUCUGCCUGGUUCUGCCUCUGCCUGGUUCUGUCUCUGCCUGGUUCUGCCUCUGCCUGGUUCUGCCUCUGCCUGGUUCUGCCUCUGCCUGGUUCUGUCUCUGCCUGGUUCUGCUUCUGCCUGGUUCUGCCUCUGCCUGGUUCUGUCUCUGCCUGGUUCCACUUCUGCCUGGUUCUGCCUCUGCCUGGUUCUGUCUCUGCCUGGUUCUGCCUCUGCCUGGUUCUGCCUCUGCCUGGUUCUGUCUCUGCCUGGUUCUGUCUCUGCCUGGUUCCACUUCUGCCUGGUUCUGUCUCUGCCUGGUUCUGCCUCUGCCUGGUUCUGCCUCUGCCUGGUUCUGUCUCUGCCUGGUUCUGUCUCUGCCUGGUUCUGUCUCUGCCUGGUUCCACUUCUGCCUGGUUCUGUCUCUGCCUGGUUCUGCCUCUGCCUGGUUCUGUCUCUGCCUGGUUCCACUUCUGCCUGGUUCUGUCUCUGCCUGGUUCUGCCUCUGCCUGGUUCUGCCUCUGCCUGGUUCUGUCUCUGCCUGGUUCUGUCUCUGCCUGGUUCUGUCUCUGCCUGGUUCCACUUCUGCCUGGUUCUGUCUCUGCCUGGUUCUGCCUCUGCCUGGUUCUGUCUCUGCCUGGUUCCACUUCUGCCUGGUUCUGUCUCUGCCUGGUUCUGCCUCUGCCUGGUUCUGCCUCUGCCUGGUUCUGUCUCUGCCUGGUUCUGUCUCUGCCUGGUUCCACUUCUGCCUGGUUCUUCUCUGCCUGGUUCUGCCUCUGCCUGGUUCUGUCUCUGCCUGGUUCUGUCUCUGCCUGGUUCAACUUCUGCCUGGUUCUGUCUCUGCCUGGUUCUGCCUCUGCCUGGUUCUGCCUCUGCCUGGUUCAGCCUCUGCCUGGUUCUGUCUCUGCCUGGUUCAGCUUCUGCCUGGUUCUGCUUCUUCCUGGUUCUACCUCUGCCUGGUUCUGCCUCUUCCUGGUUCUACCUCUUCCUGGUUCUGCUUCUGCCUGGUUCUACCUCUGCCUGGUUCAGCUUCUGCCUGGUUCUGCUUCUGCCUGGUUCUGCUUCUGCGACAGUGUCCAGUGA